AUAUCGAUGGAGACUCUACCCAGCGAACUGAUAGAAACAAUAUGCAAUGACUCAAACCGACUUGGACUCAUGGCAUUGCGACUUGUCAGCAGAAGAGUGUCAAGCUUGGCGACCAGGAGCUUCUCAAAACGUUACAUCGCCACGGUCUCAUCAUCAAUGACUCGUCCGAGCCUCGAUCAUCUUGUCGCCGUAUGUGAACAUCCAUUGUUCGGACCUCGCAUUCAAAAAAUCCAUAUCGUUGCUGGUCGCAUAAAUCCAGAAUUCGUGGAGUACCUCACAUACACGACAAAGGACCAGACCGAAGACCGUGAACUGGCAUUGGAACAACAUGCAGAUGCAAAAGUUGUACUGCAGUGCGCUUUCAACAGAUCUAUGAAGGAAUAUAGAAUGGAAACGUCUGGCGAAGCAACUGAAUUGCUUUCGCGGGCCUUUGCCGCAGUCAAGAUUUACAACACUUGUGUCACGCUUCAAGUCACUUCCAAUCCAUGGGCAGAUUGGGAACCUGUUCGUCACCUCGAUUGGCACCGUGAUGAAACCUCAGGUUCUAACCUCAAGCCUGCCCUGGAGUUCAUGAUCCAACCAUGCCUUGACGCCAUGGCUAACAGCAAGAUGCAUUUCACGGGACUAAACCUGCUUGUGAACGACGAUAUGGAUACGCUGGACGAACUCGUUGUCUUUAGAAGCUUCGAUUUGGAAUGUUACUUUGAAGAAGAUCUCUCGGUAUUCUCAGGACUGAAAUCGGUCGCUUUCGAAGCUCCAGAGAUGUUGAACCCUGUCGCUCUGGACUCGAUGACAAGGAUCUUUUCUCUUGCCAAAUCCGCAGAAACUAUAUCAUUCGCACAGGAUAAUCUGUUUGAGAAAGUGUGCGGUGAUCGAUACCGAUGCUUCUGGCCUGAAAGGUUUGACAUCAGCGACAAGAUUUUACGAUCCAUACAGUCAGAUUGCAUCACAGCCCUAGAGUUUAAAGCCAUGCCCAUCUCGAAAACUCUUCUCUCGGGCCUACUCAACAAGCACAAAAACACGUUGGAGUCCGUCGUGAUGUGGAGAAUUGGCCUUCGGGAGGGCUCAUGGAUCGAAGUCUUGAGCUGGAUGAAACACAACUUGCCAUGCCUCAAGAAGAUCUACUUACGAGACCUAUUUCAAGCUCUGCGGCUUCGUAACUCCACACUCUACACCACGCAUGACCCGGAAAUUUGCGGCACAAUUUCGUCAGUGAUUGGAAAGAAGAAGGUGCAAGCUGCAUCCCGGACAAUGAUCGAGCGCCCAUUGCUCGAUUCAAAAGUAGCUUAUCAGGAGAUCAUGGGUCGAUGA